CUGUAAGCUGCCCCGGGCUGCAGAUUGCUCGCUCCUCUGCUCGGUGCUCGUCAAAUCUCCAUUCCUCCAACCCCAACGCCGACCGACUGACGGCACACGCACACGACGCCUGCCUUGCCUGCCGCUCCGUCGUCGACAUCACCGACGCCCUCACGCGACCCCGUGGCCCCGUCCGCAACCCGCCCGCACAUCCCCGCGACGGCAAUAGCAUCCGUAUUGCUGCCCCCCUUCGAGCUCGGACGCACCGCAGCUCCUGACGUCAGCUCAAAGGGAGCCCGCGCCCGGCCCGGCCUCCUCGACGACCCGCCGCCGUCCGCCGGCCGUUGCCUACCGGCAUACUCGUGCAUAUCUGUCGGAAGCCACGGACUUGGGUCCUGGGGAGCUGCGCCGCGCCCUGGCACAUUUUGUUGUGCCCCGAGUCGACCAUCUUGUCCUCCCACCCCAUCGUAUUGCUUCCUCGACACCACCGGCAUCCGAAUUCAUUAGUCGACGCGGCCAUGGAGGGCCUUGCCUCGAACCGUUUCUGACUCCCCAGGCCAUGAUCCGACUGCUGGAAGCUACAUCUCCGUCCGCAGGGACAUAGAUCUGGCCGGCCGCCCAGAGGGGUCACCGCGACCAUGGCACUCUUCAACCCGACCUUUGUGCUCGGCCUCUUCGUCAUCGCGUACCUCUCGUCGUUUGUCCUGUUUGCCCUCGUCAGGAUCACCACUGGCGUCUCCAUCCAGCGCAUCGGCUACUUCUCGCUCCGUCGCCUCGCCUACACCCCGCGCGACGGCUUCAAGAUCGAGAUUCGCGGUCUCGGCUUCAACGUCCACCGCCCCACAUUCGCGCAGCCGACCUGGAUAAGCCUCGUCCUCAACGAACUCGUCAUCACGCUCGACAUCCGCGAGCUCGAGGGUCGCAAGGCCACCGACGGCAAGGACGGCGAGGACUUGGACGCAAAGGAUGGCAAAUCGGACGAGUCCGUGCCGCUGCGCAAGACCCGGUCUGCGCGCCGCAAGGCCCAGGCCGCCUCGCGCAGCGAGACGUGGAAGAAGCUCACAAAGUUCAAGGAAAAGAUCAAGAAGCUGCACAGGAACAUCAACUGGCUGCGCAUGGUGGAUGUGGUCGCCACCAACUCCACCAUCAACGUUGUCGACGUCGGCAAUGUCCAGGUCGGCAGCUUCACCAUCGCCGUCGACACGCGCCGCAAAAUGGUCGACCGCGCGCGCUUCUUUCUCCAAAGGUCCCUGUCCACCAAAAAGGACCAUCGCCAGGCCGAGUGGAUAUUCACGGUGCGCAGCGUCCUCUUCACUGCCAACGGCAACGAGUCCCUCGAGGUCCUCGACCACGCCCUGCUCAACGUCCACGGCUUCCUCUACGAGACGAGAGACGGCCUGCGCGACGCCACCAUUGCGCUCAAGCUCGGCAGGGUCCAUAUCCCCUAUGACGACAUCGUGCUCUGCGCUGCGCGGUUCGAGGAGCUGCGCAGGGAGCCCUCGACCCCCGAGACCGAGGAGCCCUUGGAUAUCUUCCUCGAGCAGGUUGUGCAGGAGAUUGACGAACCGGGAAGCACCACAAACGACAACCUCAUGCGUGCCGUGUCCGACUCCAAGGAGUUCUCGAGCUCCAUCCUCCGCGGCAUCAAGGAAGUACAGUUCGCCGUAAGCUUCAUCGGCCUGUCCAAGAAGAUCACCACGGUGAAGCCCGCCACGAGCCCCAUGCUGCUCAACAUAUCCAUGAAGGAGGUGGGCGUCGACCUCCACCGUCUGGACCCCAAGUCCCCGGCGCACCGCAUGUACUUCUCUCCCAAGGACAUCGCCCACGAAGCUCUUGCGGCCGCCUUGUCCAUCUCUGUAGGCCUAGACGACGGCCACGGCAAACCAGAGCGGUUGCUGUACAUUCCCAUGGCCACCACCACGGCACGCACCACGCUGCCGUCCAAGACGGUCGAGUUGGCGCAGAGCGAGAGCAUCGAGGCCAAGAACGCAAACAUACUCUUCGCUAAUUCCGUCGUCACGUCGCCAUCCAUCGACCUCGACCCGUGCCACCUCCCCCUCCUUAUCGCGCUCAUGCAACCCAAGCCCAAGCCGCCCAAAGCCGAGCAUGAGCGAACGAGCCACCUCAUCUCGCGGCUGCUCCCCAAAGCCAACAUCAAGUUCUCCAUGCACGAACCCGUGGUCCGCAUCAAACUCAAUCCGCUGCAGGAGACGGAGGACUCGGACGACUUCGACCUCAUCAUCUCGUCCAUCUCGUCCAUAUCGCUCGACGUCGAGUCGUCACACUCGCCUGUAGAGGACUUGCAUUACUUCCUGGACGGAGCGAUGCGGCUGCAGUCUCAUCGACUCUACUACCAGACGUGUUCCGGGGACGUCUUCAACCUCAUCACGACCGAGUCUCUUGACCUUAAAGCCCAUCUCGGCGCGAAGCCCGAUGUCGCCGUGGACGUCACCGGAAACAUCCAAUCCUGCGCUAUCAGUCUGGUGAGACCGGAAAUCACCGACGGCCUGCGGCAGAUUGUGCGGCAGCUGCGUAUCGACGUUGAGCCGGUGAAGCGAGCCAAAUCUAAGACGCCGAAGCACCAGAACUUCCUGCGCUCCAUGCCCGAAUGGCUCAUCCGAUACCACUUUGAGGCCACCGACUUCAACGUCGAGGUUGCGGGCGUGGACGAAGACAUCUCGGACGACACCCGAGGCGUGUCGCUGCAUCUCGACACUUUCUCUGCCGAGUAUCGCGCACACAGGCUCGACGGCUUGCAGCGGCGGAUGACCAGGAGGCGGACGCACAGUCGAUCCCUCACGCAGUCCGACUCGGACCUCACUCCAUCCCCGGCAUCGCCACGGGCCAGGCGGAAACCGCAAAACGUGGGCGACGGCCGCCGGCUUGCCAUUCACGCCCGAGGCAUGGAGGCGCAGAUUGUGGAGGCGGCCGACAGGCUCGAGGCCGAGCCCUUUGUCAACGUCCCUCGCCUCGAGCUCGCCUUUUCUGCGUCGAGCGACAGCCACGGCCCCAUGUUUCACAUACAAUCAUCCAUUCGCACCGUCAUGCUUCAGUACUCGCUCUAUCGGCACUACUCGGUAGGCGUGGCGACUACGACGCUGAGAAAGGCCUUCAUGAGGACCGGCAGAGACGUUCCCCGGCCUCGCCAGGAGGGCAUGUAUCUCAGCCCGGAUAGAAUGCCCUCGACCCGUGGCUUCCCCGACACAGUGUCCACCAUCACACCGGAGCUCCUCACCGUGGACAUUAAAGCUGCUCUCGUACAAAUAAAGGCGGACUUGCCUCACGACCCGUUGGUAAUGGCCCACGUCUAUGGUCUGGAGUUUGGGCGCCAUCGGUGGUCGACGCCGUUCGUCUCUUCGAAACUCGUCCGACUCUAUGUUGAGCCGCCGCGGAUGCGCAACGUUUGGGCCAAGAUGAUCAGCGUCAAGAAUGGACGGGUCGACCUGCGCGAGUCAAAGCACAAGUCGCCCUUUGGGGGCGUCGUUGAGGAGAAGAUGGUGGACGUUGUGGCAGAAGCUAUCCGCGUUGCUGUUCCUCAUGAGGUCAUCGUCGCGCGCAUCACCGACAACUUCAUCAACGUUUUCAAGUCCGUCAAGCAGCUGCAUCACCGGUUCAAGACGGGCACCAACGAGUACAUAUUAGAUAAGAAGCCCGAAGUCCCUAAGAAGGUCCCCAAGGUCUCUAUCCGCGCCCGAAACUUCCUCUUCGAGAUGGAAGACGGCGCCUUCGAGUGGAAGCUGGGCAUCAUCUACAGGACGGGACGCAUCGAGCAAAUCCAGCGGAUAGCGCGAGAAGAAGCGUUUCGCGUCAAGUUGAAGAGGGUUCGCGAAGAAGGGCGCAAGGGCGGAAGUAAGAUUCGAUCUCGGUCCGCCUUUGCCCGUGGCCGGACAGAGAACUCUUCAGCGUCGUGGUUCCGGAGUCGCAGCAUGGGCGACCACGAGAAGAAGGGCAAUGGUCCUGACCGAGACACCAUGCCCCGUUACGACCCCGAAGGGGAGAACCUCGGCGUCAACGGCAACGCAAAGGUCUCGGAGGACGAAGCGCGGUCCCACUUGGACCUCUUCAACGCGCAGUCUUGGAGGAAGCGUAUCGACAGCGCGUACAAGGUGUCGCAGGCAGGUAUGAAGGAGCUGCGUGGCACGUUCUGGGGCCCCGACGAGCUGCCAGACGACAUCGAGGAGACAGAAAACAUCCUCGAGAUGCCUCAGCGACCGGCUCUCAUGGCGGGAAUGAUCUCGGACCUGCACGUCGUCGUCGACAAGCCGACGUUUGCCAUGCAGGACCUCCCAGACUUCUUGCACCGGGUGGGCAAAGGCAUGCCGCGCGAUAUGAAAUACAGCCUGCUCGUCCCCCUGCACGUGUCCGUCAACAUGGGCGAGACGCGGAUCACUCUCCGCGACUAUCCGCUCCCGUUCCUGCACAUACCGGGCCUGAGGACCGGACAGUCGUCCAGAACGCAGGCUGUCCAGCUCAAGGGCAACUUCGUCAUCGCCGAGGAGUUCAGGGGCCUCGAGUCUACGCGCCGCGUCCGGGUCACUGUCGUCCCACCUCGCCACACUGACCCCACGUCGUCCAACGAAGGAAGUUUUGCCAUUGAGGUUCGACGGACGAUUGGGCCGGUCAAGUCCUACUCUGAGGUUUACAUGGACAUCAAUACGGCAUUGCCCACCCGCAUCACGUGGGGCCCAUGCUACCAGCCUGCCGUGCAAGACAUGAUGAUGGUGGUGGAGUCCUUCACCAAGCCUCCGGUCGAUCCCUCGGAGAAGGUCGGCUUCUGGGACAAGAUGCGACUCAACACGCACUCGCGCGUCCACGUCGCCUGGAAAGGCGAUGGUGACAUGCAUUUAGCCCUCAAAGGCACCCGCGACCCGUAUCAGGUCACAGGGAAUGGUGCCGGCUUCCUCAUGUGCUGGCGCAACGAUGUACGCUGGAACAUCAACGCAGAGGACGACCCCAAGCGCUUCAUGACGGUCGACAGCGGCGAGUACAUCCUGGCCAUACCCGACUUUAGCCACCUGAUCCGCGAGGAAGCGCGUCGCCGCGACGCGCCCGACGCGCACCUCGUUGAGGACGAGCUCAAGGCGGGAGCGAUAUUUAAAAAGGUCGUUAUGAAGCUCUCCGGAAAGGUGCAGUGGAUGGCGGGGCUGAUGUUUGAGCGAGCGAUUGAGGACGGCAAGCGGAGCUUCGACUUCAAGCCGCACUACGACGUCGUUCUGAAGAACCCGAUAUUCGCGAAGCCAAGUGAGGAUGGCCUGCCCUACGAUGCGAUGCGAGGAUUCAGGAGUCGCCACAUCCACUUGUCCAUCGCGAUCUGGGCACCCGUGGAUCGGGACUGGAGGUCGCAGAACCCCGAGCCGUCCAGGAGCUACAACACGGUGCACCUGACCCCGCGCUUCUUCACGCACUUCUUCCAGUGGUGGGCGCUGUUCAGCCAGCCCAUGUCGCUGCCCAUCCGCCAGGGCAACCUGUUCCCCGGCCGAGAGAAGAACAGCAAGAAGUUUGGGAGGCAUCUCGCGACGCUCAAGUAUAACCUCUUGUUGGCGCCGCUCUUCCUUGCGCACAUCUACAAGCACAAGGACGCCGAGGACUACUCGGAGAACGCCGUCUCCGCCACGGGCCUCAAGGUCCGGCUCGACAGCUUCAAGCUGGAUCUCCACCAGCGCCGCGAAGAGUUCAACACGCUGGGCAAGGGCAAGAACACGCAGAGCAGGACAUCGGGCGUCAAGAUCCACGCGGCGCAGCUCGACCUCGCCAGGGCGGACAUUCGAGCCGUGUCGGCCAGCCUCAAGGGCACCACGACGGAAGCAAUCAAGAAGGGGGACAUCUCAUCGCUCAUCAUCGAUCAGGACGACAAGCCUGACCUGGACAGGUUCACGAUUCCGGACAACGACUUUAGCUGGAUCGACAUGGACGACUUUGUCGAGCUGGACUGGAUCCUGCCGACGGAGCCGCACCCUGCGACCAUGAUCCUGCCGCUGGCGUACGCCCCGCGACUGACGUACUUUCGCCAGACAGACAUUGGCGGCACCAUCGACGGGGACCUCACGCGAACCAGCCCGUUCGGCAACGAGCCCACGCACUUUUGCAUCAUGACGCAAGACGACAACCCGAAGCGCGUGCAGGCCCAACUGAUUCAUGAGCGUCUUGACCAGCUCGAGGUGCAGAUGUCGACGCACACGCGCACCGUGGGCGAGGCGGAGCUCAAGAUGGUGCAGACCAAUACGUCUUCGGACCCGGAGACCAUGGCAGAUAUCGAUGCGCUGCGGAAGCACGCCUUUGUCCUCAAGGACAAGAAGCUGUUUCUCGAGAACAUGCUCGAGCAGAUGCAAGCGAAGCCGUUUGCGAACAUACCUGCCUUCAACGGCAACAGGCCCGACAGCGACUCGGCAUCGUCGAGCGAGAGCGAUAACGUCCUGGACAUACCCACGGCGGCAGAGUUUGAGAGCGACUUCAAGAACCGCUUCGUCGUCCACAACCUGCAGCUCAAGUGGAAUAACUUGCUGCGCAAUAUCGUCCUCCGCUACUUCCACCAAAACAGCCAGAGGAGGGGCUUCGUCUACUAUCUGUCCCGCCCAGCCAUCAAGUUCAUCUUGGACAUUGUCGAGGAACAGAACCGGGCCCGGGCAACCAAGCCGGCUCAGGCACAGUCGACGACGGGUGCGUCUUCGUCCCCCGACCCAAGCGCCACGGAGAAAGAUGCCGGCCACGACCUCGAGGACUGCAUUAAGAACAUCCUGGGUGAAGGGCGCAGGUACACGUGCGCGAGCUUCGCGACCAACGGAGACGGGACCUGCGCCGCCAUCGAGGACCUGGAGAGCGGCAUAUCCAAGGAGUUUAGUCCGCAGCGCGGCUACCACGUGCGCCUGAUCGCGCCACAGAUUCAGUUGCAGAGCGACAAGAAUAAGAAGCACGUCGUCCUGGUGACGGCCAAGGGCAUGGAGCUCAAGGUGCUCGAGGUCUUGGACAAGAACAGAAUCUCGGACAAUGUCAGCGGCCUCGUGCAGCGGCGCUUCCUCGUCAACAUGGACAGCACGCAGUUCUUCGUCACGCACCAGAAAUGGUUCUCCACAAACCUGGUGUCCAUGUACGCGGGCAGUAAGUACGGCGCGCCUGGCACGUCCUCGUGGCCGCCUUGGGUGCCCAUGGAGAUCAUGUUCAACUUCACCGCGGAUCCGUUUGGCUUCAAGCGUGUCGUGGAGAAGACGUCGGCCAUGCUGCGAUACGACAAGUACAACAACCUGCGCCUCAAAUACAACGACGAGGUCAACACCGACGAGGGAGCCAAGCAGACGGAGCAGGACAACGCUGUCGCCGAGUCUCGCGCCGACAACCUCUGGGUCGAGUUCCCCCGGGCCCGGGCCCUCUGCAACUCGUCGCAGUACUACGCCAUGUAUGUCAUCGUGCUAGACCUGCUCAUGUACAGCGAGCCGCUUGAGAAGAAUCGGAGCGAGCGGCUGGAGAAGAUCAUGCUUGCCUCCGAUUUCAGCGACCUCAGCAGUGCGCCCAAGAUUGUGCAGAAUCUCCAGGAGCGGAUCCGGCAGCUCGAGGAGAUCAAGAGCCACUUCCAGAUAUACUCGCACUUCCUCGACAAGAGGGGCUGGGAGGAUCGCCUGUCCCUGGAGCGGGACCUGGCCUCAUGCGAGGAUGAGCUGUUCUUCAUGAUGAAGGCCAUCACCACGUCGCAGCGCAAGUACGACACGACGAGCGACACCAACGCGCUCCUCAAGUGGAGCAUCUCCGCCCACGACAUUGUGUGGCACCUCAUGCUGGACUCAGGAGAGCCGCUCGUGGAGUUGCAGCUCAAGGACGUCGAGUACGACCGCACGGAUAACUCGGAUCUCUCGCACGCCAACCUCAUUCGCGUCGGCAAAGUCCUGGGCCUGAACCUGCUCCCAGACGCCACGUACCCGCAGAUCAUCACCCCGUACCACGGCGACGAGAAGACGCACACCGCGCUCGGCAAGGACACCGACAUGAUCCGCGUCUACUGGUACAUGCUGGAGGCCAUUGCCGGCAUCCCCGUCAUGGACCACUUCGAGGUUGAGCUGUUCCCGAUGAAGAUUCAGCUGGAGCGCGAGGCAGGUAAACGUCUGUUUGAGUAUAUAUUCCCCGGCAUGGAUGGGGACAAGUUGUCGGCCAAGACGCAGUCGCCGUACAUAGUCAAGCAGGACAUGGGACUGGAUGACGAGGAAGAUGAUGAGUCCCCGCCCGACUCGAGCACCAGACUAGGCACGCCGUCCAUGGACAAGGACUCGUCUGGGUUUUCUACUAGGGCCGGCUCGUUGGAGCUCCGCCUGCGGCCGACGUUGCAGUCCAACGCGACCCAGGAACGCAGCCCUAAGAAGGCCCUCAGCGUCAACAGCGGUGAGGGUCACCCGUUCCGGCUGUUCCGCGGUGGCACUGGUAGGUCGAUGCUGCCGAAGAAGGCAUCGCACGACUCGCUGCGGAGCGGAAGCACGCCACGCCCCGGGGCCAUCCCGCGCUCAUCGACGGGCUUCUCGUCCAAGGAGAGCCGCGAGUCAGCGGAGAAGAAGAGCUCGCGCUUCGGGCUGCGAGGCAGGCCGUCUGCCGACGACAAGGAGCCGUCGGAUGACCUCACCAAGAUGAUCACGCGCGCUAGCAACUAUAUGACGUUUGCGCACAUCAAGAUGCCAUCAGUCGUGCUGUGCCUCAGCUACAAGGGCAAGGAGCAGCGCAACUUUGAGGACGUGCACGAUUUUGUGUUUAGGCUGCCGACCAUCGAGUGGCAGAACAAGACGUGGUCCAACCUGGACCUCGCGCUCGCGCUCAAAAAGGCCGUCGUCAAGGCGCUCAUUUCGCACACGGGAGCCAUCAUCGGAAACAAGUUCUCCAAGCAUCGACCCAACGCCGAGCAGCGCAACAGGCUUAGGGAGCUGGCCAACGGCUCCGUCAUGAUGUCGUCGAUGAGCGCGUCUCAGUACGCGGGGAGCAUCAACGACAGCGGCGACGACUCGUCGAGCAUGUACGGCACGUCGCCCGUCGACUACUCGCGGUCGCCCCCGCGGUCGACGCGCGGCAGCACGCACGGCAGCAUCCCGGCGCCGCGGUCGGCAAGCCGAAGCAGCAGCAUCGCCAGCGGACGAUCGCACCGCUCGGGGUACAACGGCCCCAUCAUCCCGGCGUCGCUGACCAUGACGCCGCCUACGCCAGUUGACGGACGGCCCGAGAACGGGCUCGGCAUCGACCUGCUGCGCCCGUCGUCGAGCGGCGGCGGGGUCAUGUCGUCUCACCGACGAGCCCUGCGCAACGUCAGCGGCGGGGACAACAGGCCGGCGACGAGCGCGAGCAACCUCGACUCGGGCGAUCGAAGGCGGCCGACGGGGGGCGGGCUGAGGGACCGCAUCAGCGCCUUCACGCACCGCAUGAGCAGCCAGCGCGAGAACAGUGGCGGCACCACAGGAGAGGAAGAGGCGGAGGCGGGCGAUGACGAGGCCCGCGAUGGGACCAAGCUGCGCGGCAAGAGGCUCAGCUGGGCGGCGGGACGCACCAAGACGGGUUGACGCAUACAUACAUGCCUAUUACUAUUCUGGGAGCGCUACUUAUGGGGGAUGACGUAUCAAGCUACUGGUAAUAAGCGUUGCAUAGAGCAGAGGCCCGGCGACACGUUGCUAAGGGGCAACAAAACCAUCCAUCAUCCUCUGAGAGAAAACGGGACGGUGUUGGCGUUUGGAUUGCCUUUUUCGUCUCCCUGUCCCCCCUAUUUCUCUUCGCCCGGUUCUUGUGGAUAGCAGCAGCAGCAGCAAAACAGCGUUCUAGUAUAUUUGGGACGAUGGGGCAAACGGCUGUACAUGUGCGAGUGGGCGCGGGUGGUGAGAGACGUAAAAGUAUAAAGGGGAGUGGGUGGAUGGGUGGAUGGAUGGAUGGAAAAAGGUUGGAUGGAGUUGUCGGCACGGCUGAUUUUCAAUAAACGCGACGGGGGGCGUCUCUCAUGAUGAUGAUGAGCGCCGUUGUCGUCUGACGGGUGGCUUUGGGUGGUUGUAUGUAGCUAGCUAGCUGGAUGGGUGAGUGAGGGACGGGUUGGGGGGGUGUUUAGCUACCUCCUCCCUGGCUAAGUACCCAUCUACUUAUUUACCC